AUGGUGCAUGGUCUGCCAGUGAUCAAUCAUCCAGACCAAUUGUGUGAAGGAUGCUUAGUUGGGAAGCAAUUCAGGGCAAGUUUCCCGAAGGAGUCCCUGUCACGAGCUAAAGCACCACUUGAGCUUGUCCAUGGAGAUCUCUGUGGUCCGAUCACUCCAACAUCAUUUGGCAAGAACAAAUACUUCCUAUUGUUCAUUGAUGAUUACAGUAGAAAGACAUGGGUGUACUUCUUAAAGAAAAAGUCAGACACAUUUGAAGCAUUCAAGAAGUUCAAGAUGCUCGUGGAGAAUGAAAGUGGCCGCUACAUCAAAGCUAUGAGAUCAGAUAGAGGGGGAGAAUUUAUGCUCAAGAAGUUCAGAAGAUUCUGUGAAUAUCAAGGAAUUCGCAGGUUUCUUACAGUCCCAAGAUCCCCACAGCAAAAUGGAGUCGUUGAGAGGAAGAACAGAACUGUCCUCAACAUGGCAAGAAGCAUGAUGAAGAGCAAGAACCUACCAAAGGAGCUAUGGGCUGAAGCUGUUGAUUGUGCAGUCUACCUGCUGAAUAGGUCACCAACAAAGAGUGUUUGA